AUGAGCAACAACACGUCUGGUCCAUUACCACGAAGAAGCAACUUUCAAUUCACAUUUGAAUACGAUAAUCAUCUUCUUAGUCUUAUAGAUAAAUUCAAAUCAGAUAUAUUCACGCAAGGGAACAAAAUCAGGACCUGGGAAAGAGUCUUGCUUGAGUUUAAUGAAUUAACCAAUGCAAACAUUGUGCAGACUAGGACAAUUAAUCAACGAUUUCAGCUAUUGAAAAAAAAUUUUGAGAGCCGGCUUAAACAUGAUGGAAAUAAUGAAGAUACUUUUAACGAAAAUGAAACAAUUUUGAAAAGGAUUAUGGAAUUUAUGUAUGAAAGUGGACUCCUUAGUGAAUCAUUGUUUCACAAAAUAUCAGAUGAAGACAAGGCAAACAACACUCUUCCUCUACAACAACAACAGCCAAACAAGAAAACAAAAGAAAAUGAAAAGAAUGAAAAGAGCGGGAAGGGAAGGGAGAAACAAGGGACAGCAAAGAUGAGUCCUUUAACAGUUACUGCAAACAAAACUUCUUUUCUUGACGAACCAGCUACAAACACAUCAGCAAACCAUGCUGUUUCACCGCCACUUGUAGGACAGUCAGCUCAUAGUGGUAAAAUGGAUGAGUAUACGCGCUCUUCUGUAGCUACUGGAAAUACUCUGCAACAUAUACAACCAAAUGCAUUUGGUGGCUCUAGUAGUGAUACAAUAUCAUACUUUACUGAACUUCAAGAACAGAAUCCUGCACCACGAGGCUCAAAUCUCAAUAGGUUUUGGAAUUCAGAUUUGGAAACCUCAGGUAAGAGCAUUGCUCAUGGUGAAUUUUGCCCUUUAGCCAUAGAUUUGUCCAAUUGCAAGUCAGUACCAAGCAUGGCCACAUCACAAAGAUAUGAUCGGAACUUGUGGCCGCAUUAUCUGGAACCUAUAAUUUCGACAUACACACAACCGCAAUCACAAUCACAAUCAGAACCGCAAUCACAACCGCAAUUGCAAUCGCAACCAGAACCACAUAAGUCCAACGCAGCCCAGCCUAGAGACUUGCCAAUUACUGUUGAGAAUUUGCUUCAACAGAUAGUUAAACUUCAGGAGCAAUGCGAGAACCAAUUUAACAUUAUCAAUGGUGAAAUCAGCCGAUUAGCAGAAAGAAAUACCCAACAAUUUGGAGAGCUUACAGAACUUGUGAAUUUGAUUAUUAGUCAGAUCCCUUCAAUUUAUGAACCACCAGCUCCACAAAGUUCAAGUCAGACAAAAUAUGGUGAUGGUGCAUAUGAGAAUCGUUCAUAA